CCGGAUAUAAAUUAUGUACAAUUCAAUGUAAACGAAAAGGAAGAAAAGUUGUUUGGUUAAAAAGGGUUUAUUAUUAAUCACUAUAAAUCCUUCACCAAAACCUUCGAUUAAGAAAAAGAUGCCCAAAGACAUGAACAUACGCAACACAUUUUAUCUUACUUAGAAUUGGCAUUAAAGAAGAUAUGGAAUCAGGAACAUUUUAUUGUUUAUCACUCACUAGUGAGAAAGAUGGAACAUUUAGAUCAGCAAGAAUUCCUUUCUCGCCUGAAAGUCAUUCUUUCGAGAAUGGUUCCAAACUUCGGCGCACAGUGCAGGAAGGUGACGAUUUAUGUAUUAAUGUCAACGGGACUGGAACCAGUAUGAUUUCUGUACAAAACGGCAUUUUUACUACAAUACCUCUUUAUUAUCUAAACAUCAAAAACCAAAUGACCGUACAGAUAUUCAUAAAGUUGACAGAAAACGGUGAAAAGGUAAAGGCUACCUUCAACAACGAAACAUUUGAAAUUCAAGUGGACGCUGAGAAGAAAGUUCAGAUCGAGCUUUUACUUCUUACAGGAAGUUUUAGAACUGUUUUAGCAAUAGAAGGUAAAGAUGUCUACAGACAAACAUUUGAAGUAGUUUCUGAGGAGAACUCGAACGUAUGUUUUACGAAUGAGACAUGUUCCACUGAUAUAUCUGACGUAGUAGAAAGUCAUUCUGCAGAUUCAACGAGAGCAAAUGAUCCUCAAGGUGAUAAGAUGUGUAACAAAAUAUACAGUAAGAAAGAUGAAAAUGAUUUAUCACAAUUUAAUGUAGACAAAGGUAUCAUAGAAAUGAUUAAGAACGUUGAAAGAAAUAAGGAUGUUGAUUACAAUGGAAUUUGCGAUGAACUCGGAAGCAAUGAUGAGACAGAAGUAUUGGAACGAGAUGAAGAAAUCAACUUAUCAGUUGACAGCAGUGAUAGCAACGCAAAUGCAUUUUCUGUAGGUGAUAAAAUUUAUUCCUUACUUAAAGAGCCGUAAUAAUUUAGCCAGGACUCCUACCAUGAAUUGAGAAAUAAAAAACAAAAGGCGUUAAGCAACGAAACAGUGGAUUUACGCAGGAACAGAACUGUAUUGUUGAAGAUACAUUAGCCUAUUACUUUUUAGCGCUCUUUAAUAAGUGAAGAACACUUGGACGAAAUAAGCGAAUAUGCGAGGAAAGACAAUAUCUGGUUUGCAAAUUCAUGUUUUCUUCGAAUUCCUUCGGAAUAGACGCGUUACAAAGCAAUAAAUAGAAACUGUGUUAUCAAUUGCAGAGGAGCCUCAUUUGCUGGGCCUUUUGUUUCCGACGCAAUCACAGUUUGAAAGUGCUUCCACUAUCGAAACAUACUGAUGGAGUACAUGUGAUCAAUUCAUUAAAAAUACAACAAGAAGCUCUGUAUCAGAGCUUGUAUGAACAGCUUUCCUUUUCAAUUCAUAUUCACAUUUUUUGUUGUAUACACGAAGACGGGCAAUCAUUUAAUGACAAAUUGACUUAACAUGUAAAAUGCGCCAAUAAGUUAUU